AUGGAAGUCAAUAAAAUAGGAGGAAAUGGUUCAGACGUAUUCGUUUUUAUGGAUCAAAUUGUGAUUAAAUAUGAGGAUCAUAAAACGAAACAAAUAAUUUUGGGUAUGGAAGCGGAAACUGAUAAAAUGUUUGCAGAAUUAGUUGAAAAGGAAGAAGUUGAUCAGGAUAUAAUAGAAAGUAUUUCAAAGUUUGUGAGACGGGAUACAAUUAUCAACACCGGUCCACAAUUGAAUAAGAUUGAGUUCGAGAAUUAUUUUGAUGGAAAGAAAUUGAAUGAGUAAGUAAAAAAAAUGUUCUUUCAAAAAAUAAUUCCAUAACUUUUUCAGAGUACCGAACUAA